UCCCAGACAGAAAGAACAAGGAUGAGAUAUUGAAGCAAGCAGAAAGUCUCGGUCUAGAAUUAAAAUAUCAAGUAAGGUUGACUGAAAAAGAGUGUCUACACCGAAGUGAUAUGUGAAGUGCCAACCUAUGUGAGAGCAAAUUUGCACCAACGCAACGAAGCUUGAACAGGCUCUAAGGCGGUACAGUGAAGUGAGUGGGUGGAGUGUCAUGAGCCUCCUGGCAAACUAACUGAAGGAACCAGAGUAACAGGUCUGAUCAGGGAACGCCGGCCACCCAUGGCAUAAAUCCUAGGGAGAGACACCUUGGACUGGGGGUGACGGAGGAAAGGAAAGGAGACUGAACCCUCUACCCUUCCCUGCCUGCUGCUGCAGUGUGGCUGAGCAGUGCUACUCUCAUACCUCACUCUGAUAUUCCACAUCCAGGCAGGAACCAUGCCGGCCCUGGCCACCGGAUCUGGAAAUGACUCAGGUCUGUAUGAGCUGCUGUCUGCCCUGCCCUCCCAGCUGCAGCCCCAUGUCGACAGCCAGGACGACAGCACCUUUCUACACAACAUGUUUGGAGAGAGGAGCCUCCACUCGCUGGUCAAGAUCCAUGAGAGGCUGCAGCACUAUGAGGACCGUAAUCCUGCCCCCAUCCUGGACGAUGCUGGCUCCCUGGCCACUGACCUGUCUGAGGAACUGCAGGGUAAAAGUGCCAGUGGAGAGAUCAGAGAGCUGCUCAAACUACUUGCUAAACCCCACGUCAAGAGUCUUCUGUCCGUCCAUGACACGGUGGCCCAGAAGAGUUACGACCCCGAGCUGCCUCCACUGCCCGAUGACAUCGAUGAUGACGAGGACUCAGUGAAGAUCAUACGGCUGGUCAAGAACAAGGAGCCUCUCGGAGCCACAAUAAAGCGUGAUGAGCACACAGGAGCCAUCCUUGUCGCCAGGAUCAUGAGAGGUGGAGCAGCAGACAGAAGUGGUCUGAUCCAUGUAGGGGACGAGCUGAGGGAAGUGAACGGGAUUCCUGUGGAUGACAAGAAGCCUGAUGAAAUCAUCCACAUUCUGUCCCAGUCCCAAGGGGCCAUUACGUUUAAAUUAAUACCAGCCAUCAAAGAGGAGAUGCCAAGCAAGGAGCCCAAGAUGUUUGUGAAGACACUGUUUGACUACGACCCAGCGGAGGACAAAGCCAUCCCGUGUACGGAGGCGGGCCUGGCCUUCAAGAGGGGAGAUAUCCUUCAGAUCAUGAGCCAGGAUGAUGCAAACUGGUGGCAGGCUAAACAAGAUGGCCAUGCCAACCCCCGCGCAGGCCUCAUACCCUCCAAACAGUUCCAGGAGAGGAGAUUUGCACUGCGUCGGCCCGCCGCCCAUGUUCUUCAGCCCCAGAAGAUCUCCAACAGAAGAUCAUACGAUACGGCAGUUGAGAUUGAGGAUGACGGUUGGUUCUAUGGCUCUGGUUUCUAUUUAAGCGGAUACCACGUAGCUGGUUUUCGCCGGAGCUUCCGCCUCAGCAGGCGAGACAAGAAGACCAACAAGUCCAUGUAUGAGUGUAAGAAGAGUGAGCAGUACGACAUGGCUGACGUGCCCACCUACGAGGAGGUGACUCCCCACCGCAGGCAGAGCGGGGCCAAGCACAGGCUGGUGGUCCUCGUCGGUCCCACGGGGGUAGGUCUAAAUGAGCUGAAAAGGAAACUGCUGAUCUCUGACCCUCAACACUUCGGUGUGACCGUGCCACACACCAGCAGGCCGAAGAGGAACCAGGAGAAUGACGGGGUGGAGUAUCACUUUAUCUCCAAAAAUAUCUUUGAGACGGACAUCCACAACAACAAGUUCAUAGAGCAUGGAGAGUAUAAAGGGAACUACUAUGGAACCAGUUUGGACUCUGUGCGUUCUGUGCUGUCCAAGAACAAGGUGUGCCUGCUGGACGUUCAGCCUCAUACGAUAAAGCACCUGAGGACGGCAGAGUUUAAACCCUACGUGGUGUUCGUGAAGCCACCGCCCAUCGAGCGCCUGCGGGAGAGCAGACGGAACGCUAAGGUCAUCUCAGGCAAGGACGACAAGGGAUCUGCCAAACCAUUCUCCGAGGAGGACUUCCUGGAGAUGGUGAGCACCGCCCAGCAGAUGGAAAGCCAGCACGGACACCUGUUUGAGAAGAUCAUUGUUAACGACGACCUGACGGCGGCAUUCAGCGAGCUCAAAGUGGCUCUGAAGAAGGUGGAGACAGACAGUCACUGGGUCCCCAUCAGCUGGACUCACUCCUGAGAACCACAGAGAAAGAGUGAAAUACUUUUUUGAGAAAGAAGAAUAUAAAAAGGGAAGGACUUUUUAACAAAGUUGGUUCUGUGUCCACUGCGUAGGUGGUGGGUGCUGUUGUUGUUAGGAUGGAUCGUAACACAGCUGGACAGCAGAAUGGGCUGACUUUGUGUGCCUCAAAUGGCACCCUAUUCCCUAUAUAGUACACUACUUUCUGAAGGUACUUUCCAAAAGUAGUGCACUAUGUAGGGAAUAGAGUGUCAUUUGGGACGAAGCCUGUAUCUCUAUCUGGGUCUUCCUCUGGGCCCUGUCCAGCUCAGUCAACAGUCAACGCACUGGACAUCUGAGGGUGGGGCUGGUCUGAUCUGGUUCUAGACUGCUGCACUAUCUUCUGAUCAGAUCGGUAUGACUGUGACUGUCAAUCAGUGCUGUGCCAGAACGUACUGUAACUUUGGACUCCUUCCUUAGUGUGUUUUUAACAUUAGUUUAUAGAAACCAAAGGGAUUUGUAUUGUUCUCUGUCUGGGUGGGUGGUUGACAUGAAUGUGUCUGUAUAUUAAUGCAGAAUGGUGGAACAGAUUUUUUUUAAAUAACAUUUUAAACUCAGCUUGGGUUCGAAACGGCACCAUAUUCCCUAUGUAAUGCACUACUUUUGACCAGGGCCCAUAGGGGAUAGGGUGCCAUUUCAGACACACUCUCAAACUCUGAUAAACGUUUCCCUUGUGAUUUCUAACGCUUCCAUAGACUGCUACACUAAGGUAUCAAAGCAAAAACUUCGGCAGGUACAGUACACUAAAAAAAGGGCAACAACAGGUGUAAUUUUAUUUAAGAUAAAUUAAUAUAUUUGAAUAUUUUUCUGCAGUUUUACAUACCUUUUUAUAUUCAACAUAUCUAUUAGCAUAAUCUGUAAAGAAGCACCAUGACACUGUAAACUUCUGAUUUGUGAUGUUACUUUGACGUUGGAAGUCUUUUUUCAAGGCCUCAGUCAGACAGUUAUGUCGUCGCACCUCAAAUUCCCAAGGCCCUACUUACACAGGGUGUAUUUUCAAUGGCAAGCUAUUCUGUAUACGGUGCACUACUUUUGACCAGAGCCCAAUGGUCCCUGGUUAAAAGAAGUGUACUAUAUAGGAAAUAGGGUGCCAUUUGGGACAAAGCCUAGGUGUUUUAUAAAUUGUAUUUAGGAGCUAUUUUAAAUGUAAAACCCUCCACCCUACCCUACUCAUGAUUGUGCCCAGGCAGCAUAACGGUUUUGCUAUUUAAACUACCAGACGUUGGCUCGUUGGUUGUAAGUAAAAUGUUCUCAAUCUAGUAUAAUUAGGGUGGAGUGGAGUUAGCGUUAUUUUACUCUCAUAAAACAGGCCUAAAACAAGGAACCUAAUAGAGGGGUCCAUAGCACUGGUAGAUUUACAACAGACAGAAACACAAAGUAGCUGCUUCUAACUUAGCAAGGUUGAGGUUAUAUAGAGUUAGGUUAGAGUUGCUAGUUAUUUGGAGGACUACCCCACCCCUCUCUUUCUAACCCUCGUUCUGUCUUGUCUAUUCCUCUACCCUUUUCCUGCUAUACAGUAUGCUAUCUGUAUCCCAGGGUUAGGUAGCUAGACUAGCAUAUCUUGGAUUGUUUGAUGAGAGGAUAUUUGUUCAUACCAUAUCUAGGGUUGCAAAAUUCUGGUAACUUUCCCCAAAUUCACAGGUUUUCAAAAUCACAGUUGGAAGACUGCCGAUUCCGGCAGGAAUAAGCAGGGAAUCCAGGAGUCCUGCUUAGAAGAUUCCCAUAUGUCCUGCUUAUUCCCUACUGAUUCCACAAAUCUUCCAACCAACCAGAAUUUCUGGGAAACCUGUGAAUUUUGGGAAAGUUACUGAUGUCUGAUGUUCAAAGCCCCUACACAGAUGGAGAGGUUCAUCCUGGUUCCACUCGACAUUCCAUACUGUUCUUCCUGUUUAUGGUCAAAAAAGUCUGGUAUCUUUCCCAAAAUUCCUUGGAAGAUCCAGGAAUCCGGAAUUCUGCAACCAUACUCCUGUAGUCUGGGCUAAGGCCCUGCUUGGUGCAGUGACCUCACUGCCCUUAUGUUCUCUCUCUCUCUCUCUCUCUCUCUCUCUCUCUCUCUCUCUCUCUCUCUCUCUCCAUGAUUUCACACUCUCACAUCACCAACCAUGGGCGUUAGUUCGUUAUCUCUGUGUUCAGCUAAGGUCAUCGUGAGUCAUGACGAGGCACCAGAGCUAUCUCGCUCUCUGUCUGGUGUCGCUUUUCUCUUUUACAGCAGUUUUCCCUCUAUCCCUUUCCUCCUUUAUCCCUGUCUUUUUGUUGAUUUAAAAUGUUCUUAGUAUCGCAAAUACACCUGUUCUGUAUUUUUCUGAUUAUCAAGGGAUGUUAUACCUAUUUAAAGGGAAAUAUUUGUUUCAGGUUAAGCCACUACAAUACCAUGUUUAUCUACACUACAGGUUUAACCCUCUAGUUUCCCCAUCAUUUUAUUUUAUGUUCAUAUUAUGUUAGGUUCAUAUUUACCCUCCAGCCAUCCAUAUCAUUGAUCAAAAUCAGAAGUUCAGUCUGUGCAGAUAUUUUUCUUCUAAAUGUACAUUAAAUUACUGAGGUUGUAUGAUUUCA